CCUCACCACCGACAUCGCCACUUGCCGCCUGCAAUGGCGGGCGAGCUGCCUGACCCGCUGUCAUUCUUCGUCUUGGCCGCCUCCUCCAACGACAGCGACGGGAGCAGCAGCGACGAGGAGGAGGAGGAGGGUGGACGAGGAGGAGGUGCAGGAGGAGGCGGUGGCGGUGGAGCGAAACGGCUCUGCACGGAGCAGAGGGGAGGUGGUGGUGAUGGUGGUGGAGGCCGCCUCCCGUCACCCGCUGUGCUGUUGAGCCGCGUGCUGGAGCCGAGCUUCUUGCAGAACCCCUACAGGGGACACAUCGACUGGGAGCGGCGGGCCGUCAAAGGGCCUGAGGAGCCCCCCCGAGAGUUCAAGCCGUGGCUCUCCACCGCCGCCCGUGCUCCGGCGGCGGCGGCGGCUUCCCCUGCCGCGGCCUCGGUGAAGCGGGCAGCCCCCACUGGGCCCGACCUGGCCGUGCGCUGGUCCCAGAUGUACCGCGACGACGAGGAAGAGAAGGCCAAGGAGGCCGCCUCCUGCACCCGCACGGAUGGAUACGAUGGUGUCGUGGUGAAGGGAGACGCCGAUGGUGACCACGUUGAGGCUUCCACCGCCGCCUCCACCUUGUCGCAUCAAACGCCGGCUCCACCUCCUCCUGGGUUCCUCGCCUCUUCGUCUUCAUCGCUGUCGUCGUCCCGGCCUGCCGAGAGUUUCCAGGAGAGGGAGCGGAAGAAGCGAGAGCGGGGACAGGCCAACCGCGACGCCAGCUUCGUGGAGGAGGAGAAGCGAAUCCUGCGGCACACUCACACACAGUAGACUUACACACACUAGACUCACACACACACACUAGACUCACACUCACUAGACUCACGACACAUACACACACACAAACUACACUCACCACGCAGGGACCCAUAGACUCACCACAAUCUGUGCACAAGAGCCUUGUAGAUCUUCAGAUUUCCCCUCCCUCUCUUGGGUAUCAAUAAAGAUUCUGACAACGAUUCUGCCAGACGUUGAUUCUGACGUUA